AUGCCUCAAACCAAAUGCUGGACCCUCCGCCAAAAACCAACCGGAUGGCCCACCCUCUCAGGACCCAAAUCGACCUUCGCCCUCACCACCCGCCCAAUUCCUCCAUUAGGCAAAAACGAACUCCUCGUCAAAACGGUCUACCUCUCCAACGACCCGGCGCAGCGCACAUGGAUCGAUUCCUGCGCCUCCCCAGGACGGCUGUACGUCACGCCCAUCGAAACCAACCAGGUGAUGGCCUCGCGCGGCAUCGGCGAGAUCUCCACGCAGCUGCCCCUGACGGAGUCACCCUUUACUUCGACUGCGUGGGAGGAAACAUUCUCGACGCCAUUCUCCCCGUCAUGGCCCUACACGGCCCUCAAGAACUGGUUCCAGGUCAUUACCAUGCGGCUGCGGAUUCAAGGGUUUAUUGUUCUGGACUAUGCGGCGCAGGCACACGAAGCGAGAGCGGUGCUGCGAAGGGCUAUUGAGGAGGGGAAGUUGGUUCUUGAUGCGGAGAGUGAAACGGUGUGUUCGGUGAGAUUUGAGGAUAUACCGGCUGUUUGGAUGAAGUUGUUUGAGGGGGGAAAUCGAGGGAAGUUGGUGACGCAGUUGGAAUAA